CACGUUUCACCAUAACUCCAAAUUCCAAGGGGGUCCUUUUUCUCUUCUCUGAUUUUGUAAGUCAAAAUCAAAAUGGUGACAGCUUCUUCUCCCCCUUCUAAGGAAGCUCAAUCAGAUAAAAAAUGGGUGGACAAUGGUCCCUCUCGCAAGGGCAAAUGGUGGUACUCGACUUUUCACACUGUGACAGCCAUGAUUGGUGCAGGUGUUCUCAGCCUGCCCUAUGCCAUGGCAUAUCUAGGAUGGGUUCCAGGAACCUUGAUGUUGUUGUUAGCUUGGUGCCUAACCAUAAACACAAUGUGGCAAAUGAUCCAACUUCAUGAGUGUGUACCAGGAACCCGGUUUGAUCGUUACAUUGAUCUUGGUAGGCAUGCUUUUGGACCAAAGCUUGGACCAUGGAUUGUGCUGCCUCAGCAACUGAUUGUCCAAGUUGGGUGUGAUAUUGUUUACAUGGUGACUGGGGGGAAGUGCCUAAAGAAGUUCAUGGAGAUUGCAUGCACCAAUUGCACACAACUAAAACAGUCUUAUUGGAUUAUCAUUUUUGGAGCCAUUCAUUUCUUUCUGUCUCAGCUUCCCAAUUUCAAUUCAGUUGCUGGUGUUUCUCUAGCAGCUGCUGUGAUGUCAUUGAGCUAUUCAACUAUAGCCUGGGUGGCAUGCUUGAGUAGAGGUAGAAUAGACAAUGUUAGCUAUGGCUACAAGAAAACAAGCACAAUUGAUUUCAUGUUCCGAGUCUUCAAUGCACUUGGUCAAAUUUCAUUUGCAUUUGCUGGCCAUGCAGUGGCCCUUGAAAUUCAGGCUACAAUUCCAUCAACUCCUGAGAAGCCCUCCAAGAUACCAAUGUGGAAAGGUGCCAUUGCUGCCUAUAUCAUCAAUGCUAUAUGCUAUUUCCCAGUUGCAUUUGUAGGGUAUUGGGCCUUUGGAAGAGAUGUUGAUGAUAAUGUGCUUAUGGCACUUGAAAAACCUGCAUGGCUCAUUGCCUCAGCUAACUUGAUGGUAUUCAUUCAUGUUGUUGGUAGCUACCAGGUUUAUGCUAUGCCUGUUUUUGACUUGAUUGAGAGAAUGAUGAUCAAACGAAUGAACUUUCCUCCAGGAGUAGUACUAAGACUUGUUGCUAGAUCUUCUUUUGUAGCUUUUACAUUAUUCUUUGGGGUGACAUUUCCUUUCUUUGGUGAUCUUCUUGGGUUCUUUGGUGGAUUUGGUUUUGCCCCCACUUCAUAUUUUCUUCCCAGUAUUAUGUGGCUGAUAAUCAAGAAACCCAAGAGAUUCAGCUUCAACUGGUUCAUCAAUUGGGCUGCAAUAUUCAUUGGAGUGUGCAUUAUGUUGGCAUCUACAAUUGGUGGCUUUAGGAAUAUUAUUGCCGAUGCCUCCACUUAUCAGUUUUACACCUGAACUAUGUUAUAUUAUUGGAAGAAUAUAUGGCAUCUGCAAUUAAUCUAGUUGUUUAUAACUCAAAUAAUAUCAGUUUCACG